ACCUCCCCUUUCAAGGGCAAGUAACUCUAAAUUUGUUACAUAAAGAUAAAUAUGGCAGGGCUUUCGAAAGCAUUUCUUGGGAUAAGGCGUUUUAUUUAUCAGGUUCGUCAGCGUAGAAUGCCUACUCCAGUGUUUGGACGGAUGCUGAGUUCCGGCCCUAUAGAUGCUGGGUCCGACAUGGAUCCUCCAAUACCUGCCUACGUAGAGAAGACCAAUGAGGACAUUGAACUGAAGAGAGCCAGGUUGUUGUAUCAGAGUCGCAAAAGAGGCAUGCUGGAGAACGGCCUCCUGCUCAGUACUUUUGCUGCCAAGCAUCUGGACAGUCUGAAUGAAUCCCAGCUCCUACUGUACGACCGACUCAUCAACCAACCCACCAAUGACUGGGAGAUCUACUACUGGGUCACCGGUGCCAAGCCUACGCCAGAAGAGUUUGACAGUGAAGUUAUGACUAUGUUGAAAGAACAUGCACGAAACAAAGACAAAGCUUCUCGGAUACGCCAGCCAGACUUGUACACAUAACAUACAAGUCUUGCAUUCAGACAGUUGAGGUCUACUAUCAAGCUGCCAAUCCUUUGUAUUGUCUUCAAAACAAAUCUCCAGAACAGAGAUUGGAUUGUAUAAACAAUUCAUAGCCGUCAACAAGGCCCUAGUCUAUUGUACAGGGUGUCCGUCUUUGGUACAAAAUGCCCAACAGGUAUAAACAGUGACAGGUUGAGCUGAUAUAUCUGUAACCCAGUGUCUCUGAAAAUUGGUUUUGUUGGAAGGAAUGUCCUUCCCUUGUGUAUAUAAUGGAACGGUGUGUGGAUGAAUUUUGUAAAAGAUUAUAUACAACACACUGAUAGUCACGUGAAGACGUAUUUGUCAUGCUUGUAUGCAUGCAUGUGCAUUGCUACACACAAUAAAGUGUUUUGUUAAUAUA